AUGUGUCAUAAGCUCGACCAGAAUUUAUUUUUUAUUCAAUUUAUUUAUAAUUCAUUUGGAGAAUUAUUGGUAAAUUUGUCAAAAUCCAGACUUGCUAGAAAUAGCAAAAAUAUUACCUAUGCAUUUGCAUAUUUUGAUGAUUCAUAUGGUCGAAAUAUUAUAAAAUAUAAUAAAUACAAUUCACGUAUGUCUACCUCUUAUGAUACAUCGCGAAUAAUUCAAAUAUUGCAAAUUCCUUCUAGACUCCGCAGCAAUGAUGAUAUUAAUUAUCUUAUGAAUCUUACAGCAAAAACAGAAUUUUUUAAAAAGAUAACUGAAGAGCAAAAGUCGUCUGAAAUUCAUAAAGCUUGUUGCCAAGUAAUGACUCUGGAAGAACAUAACCCGGGCGAUGUAAUUGUAAAUUUUGGGGAAAUUGGAUCAAAUUUUUAUAUCAUACUAAAAGGCUCCGCGUCCGUUAAUAUCCCUACAAAGAAAAAGGUCACAUUAAAUCUAACUCAAUUCAAUUAUGGAAGAACAAAACCUAUAAAACUUUGUUAAAUAUCUAGCAUGAUUUACGAAUAAAUAUUAAUUUAUAGCAAUAUUUUGGAAACUUUUCAAGUUUAGAAAUAUUUAUCUAUAUGAUAGUUUCUUUACGAAAGCUUGUACCAAAAUUUCUAGGUCUUAAUUCAAUGAAUAUAAUAACAUUAAAAAAAAAUUAUAGAAAAUAUAAAAUUAAAUUUACAAGCUAUAAAAACGAUUUAGGAUUAGAUUAAUUAUCAAAAUCUUGACUGCCGCAGAGCUAAAAUGCUCUUUUGUGUCUAUUAGAGACAUUGCCGGUCCAGAUACCAAAAUAUUCUUUAUGACGCUUGAGUUCAUACGUAAACAAUGCCACCACCAGCUGAAUCAGCUGCAAAAGAUUGGCUUCCUUGAUGCUGCCCUGCCUGACUCACCUCCUGCGUGUAUUCCCUCUAAGGUCAUAAAUAUCGGGUGCUCUUAGUAGAAGAACCUUAAGCCUCUUCUUGCCCUUUGAGCAGCUCCCUGGCCUUAUGCAAUCUAAGUUAUAAUUCAGAAAGAAGUUCUCCAGAAAAAGCAAAACCCCUAUAAACAAAAUGUGAGAGAACUAGCAAAGCUAAAUUCUUAAAGCAAAUACCAUUUUGUUUCUAAUGAGCUAUGCAAAAUAAAAAAAGUUUUAGUUCUAUAAAAAGGGAGUGAGCAAUGUGGUACCUGAAAAAUUGCAAAAAAUGAUAACUGGAGCAUCUAGUUCUUCAUCAAGUGAUGAUGAAAUAGCUGAAAUAAAAUUUGAUCCUCGGAAAAAAAGAAGACGAGGAGCUAGAGUUAUGAAUGCGGUUGACCUAUUUUCCCUUAAUGCUUCUAUACAAGAAAAAUUCGUAAAAAAGAAUGAAGAACUUGAUAAUCCUCAAUCAAACGAACUACUAAGAAUGAAUGAUUUAUUUAAAGACAAAAUCGAUGAAGAAAAGUCUGUCAUUCUCGAUUUCUUAUCAAAACAGUCUCCAGAAACAAGAGUUGUAGAAAUUGAAACAGAGGAAUUAACAAAGGUUUCCAUAAUCUCUGAAGGCGGAAGCUUUGGAGAAUUAGCACUUAUAAGUGAUAGACCAAGAGCUGCUACCCUUAUAACAGAAGAAAAGAUUUUAUUAGGAGUCAUAACCAAGCCAAAUUUUAAAAAAAUUCUUGGGAUUAUUUCCGAAAAAAGGCUAAAUGAAAAAGUCGAAUUUCUCCAAGCUUUGCCAAUUUUUUCAAAUUGAACAAAAAUUGCGCUCUAUAAGUUAGGGUAUUAUUUUAAACGAAUUUCGUUCAAAAAACACCAGUAUGUAUAUAAAGAAGGAGAACCUGCUAAUACUGUAUAUUUUGUAAAGUCAGGGGAAUUUAAGGUAAAAAUUAUUUAGAUUACAAAACUCCAUAGUGAAAAGAAAGGGGUUGUUGAUACCUCGUGCCUAGAUACUAAAAGGAGUCGAUUGAGUAGCAACGGGACUGUGCUGAGGCUGGGAAAAAUGAGAAAAAUUGAGGUGCAAAAGCAAUUGCAGCUUGUUAUUAAAGGAAAAAACGAAAUGAUAGGGAUGGAAGAAGCGCUUGAAAAUCAUGAAAAAAGAAUUCAUUCGUGCCAAUGCUGGUCUGAUGAAGGAGAAUUGCUAUGUAUCAGUAGAGAUGUAAGCUAUAAUUAGAACUUGAAUACAGGAAUUGCGUACCCUGAUACAUGGGCACAAAUAAGAGACAAGCAUAAUGCCAACAAUGAAUAUUUUAAACAUAGAGUAACCCAGCUGACAAGAAUUGAAGAAGCUAAAAAAUCAUUGGAUUUUUCAUCUUUAAGUAAAAUACCUGCAAAAUUCCUCAUAAAAGAAAAAAAAGACCCAGGAAUUGAAAAGAUGUGCUAUGCAUAAUGAAUAAAAACUUUUCUAGUGAUAGGAUUUUACAUUUUCUAUAAGAAAAGGGAGAAUUUGUUAUAAAUUGCAAAUUUUUUAUUUAUGAUGGGAGGCUUAAGAGAAUCUGGUACUAAUAUUGGCGAUAAAUCAAGAGAGAUGAGUCCUGGAUCUACAAAUCAGCAGGGCAGUAUAACAAUAUCUCCUAAACAUAGCAGAAUUGAAUCAACACCAAAUCCAGAAAGAGUAAAAACUGAGGAGUCUCCUGUGGAUAGAUCAAUCUACCACAUACAUAGAAGAGUUGAUACAAGAGUAUCCAAUGCUGAUAGUCCAUCAAGCCCAAAUCACUAUGUCAGUCCUUUUACAAGGUAUUCUAAAAAAAGUCCGAAUAAAAAGAUCAUUCACAGAAGAGUUGCACCUCCCAAUUUUCUUAGGAAUUUUAAAUCCAGAAUCCCGAAUAAAAGAGCUGAUGUUUUGGUAGAAGAGCUUGCAGGUAAAUAUAAAGAAAGUGUAGAGCAAAGCAUGAUUAAAUACUCAUCUGAUAUCCCUUCAUAUAAAAAAGAAUCCAAAAGCUACUUUCUUUAA